GGCGGCGGCGGCGCCAUGGAGGAUGAAAUGCCCAAGACCCUUACGUCCCAAGUCACAUCUGGAGAGAAGAGGGGUCUGCAAGGUGUGUGCCCCUUCCCAGUCCGUGCCAGGUCACAUCCGGAGGGAAAAGUGGUCAGGAAGGUACGUGGGGAACCUCUCCCGGGACGUGACCGAGGCUCUGAUCCUGCAGCUCUUCAGCCAAAUCGGACCCUGCAAGAACUGCAAGAUGAUCAUGGAUCUGGCAAUGACCCCUACUGCUUCGUGGAGUUCUACGAGCACCGGCACGCGGCCGCGGCGCUGGCUGCCAUGAACGGCAGGAAGAUAAUGGGAGGUCAAAGUGAACUGGGCCACCACCCCCAGCAGCCAGAAGAAAGACACCAGCAGGCAAAUCUGAUCUUUGCCAUCACACAGCGUUCACAAGACCAUUUCCACGUCUUUGUGGGAGACCUCAGCCCCGAGAUCACAACUGAAGACAUCAAAGCAGCCUUUGCUCCCUUUGGAAGGAUCUCGGACGCACGGGUGGUCAAGGACAUGGCCACGGGCAAGUCCAAGGGCUACGGCUUCGUCUCCUUCUUCAACAAAUGGGACGCCGAGAACGCCAUCCAGCAGAUGGGGGGGCAGUGGCUGGGGGGCCGGCAGAUCAGGACCAACUGGGCCACCAGGAAACCUCCAGCUCCCAAGAGCACCUAUGAGAGCAGCACCAAGCAGCUGUCCUACGACGAGGUGGUCACGCAGUCCAGCCCCAGCAACUGCACCGUGUACUGCGGGGGCGUCACCUCGGGCCUCUCAGAGCAGCUGAUGCGCCAGACCUUCUCCCCCUUCGGGCAGAUCAUGGAGAUCCGCGUGUUCCCGGACAAAGGCUACUCCUUCGUCAGGUUCAGUUCCCAUGAGAGCGCUGCCCACGCCAUCGUCUCCGUCAACGGCACCACCAUCGAGGGCCACGUGGUCAAGUGCUACUGGGGCAAGGAGACCCCCGACAUGGCCAGCCCGGUGCAGCAGGGCCAGCUGAGCUACCCGCCGGCCUACGGGCAGUGGGCUCAGUGGUACGGCGGGGCCCAGCUGGGCCAGUACGUGCCCAACGGCUGGCAGGUGCCCGCCUACGGCGUCUACGGCCAGGCCUGGAGCCAGCAGGGCUUUGGGCAGAGCCAGCCCCCAGCCCCAUGGGUGCCUCCCCCGUUCAGCGUGCAGGGCCAGAACGGCGCCGUGCUGCCCCCCCAGCCCGGCUUCCGCGUGGGCUUCGAGACCCCCUGAGCCCCCCGUGGACCCAAACCAGCCCUGCCGGGCGUUCCAGCUGUGCUUGGGACACUGCAGGGAUCGCUGCGGCCCGGGGCCGCGGCAGCGCUGCACAAAGCCAUCCUUGGGGGGUUUUUUGGGGCUUUUUCGGGGUUUCCCGCAGGAAAAGCCGCCCCAAAAGCGUGGGGGUGUGAGCUGCCUGCAGCCCACGCCCCUGCUGGGGAGGAGCCCCUCUAAGGAGGUUUUGUGCACCAGAAAUCCUUCGUUUACAUCUUUCCUGGUGGAUCUCAGUGUGGUUUUCAGGGUUGGGUUUUUGCCUUAUGCUGGGGAAAAGUAAAAGUGAACAAGAAAUAAAAUAAAAGUUUUUAAAAAGGGACUGGGAGGUGCCCAGCUCUCCCCACGUGAGCCAAGACUCCCACCCUGGGACAGCAGAAUUCCUGUUGCUAAAACGUGACAGAUCCCUCCGGGGCUUGGUUGGGUUUUUUUAAUUUUUUACUGAUUUCUACAUUUUCCUGUACUGAUUCUGUAAAAUACUGAGAGCAAAUUGAAGAAUUUUUGCACAACCUUCGGCCACUUUUGUAUCUUUUCCUUAUUUAAAGGUAGGACACAGAGCCUUUUGAUGUGAUUUAUGCCUCAAGUCUUCAUUUUUUUGUCCUUUUUUUGUGGAUAUGUCUCUUGGAAUAUAAAGAUUUUAAUGCAUUGUGUAAAUCCCCUCCAUAGCCCAGGUGUGUUUCACAAGGGGGUGAAGAGCUCCCCAGCCUGAUCUGUCAGAGGCCAAAAAACGCCCUUUUUUAUCCUACCUCUCGCCCAGCCUUUAAAAUAAACCACAAAAAACUCACAAAAAUGGAAAAAAUACAAAAACUUUUUUUUUAAAAAAAAAAGGAAAAUGAAAAAACCGGA